AAGCCGCUGCGCUCUUCUGAGGACGGGUGGUGCUGUGGCCUUCGUAACCAUGGCGACGGCGAGGCGUUUGCUAGGCAUGGUGGUCAGUUGCGUGGCCUUCGGCGCGAGGUUUUUGGACGCCCAGAGUUUCUCCCUGCCGUUGCGCGAGCCCCAGAGUUGUGGAGGGAGCCAGUACUUCGAUAUCGCCAGCCUGGCUUGCGGCCAGUGUGGAUCGUCCCAGAGGAAGAGCGGGCAGGGUACUUCGUGUUCCUGUCUGCCAGGAUUCAAGUUGGUUUCUGAUAAUGGUGGCACUUCCAUUACCUGUGAAAAAUGUCCAGAAAAUAAGAAUGGAGUCACUCAAGAUGGGUGGAACUGCAUUGCUUGCCCUAAACAUGUAACUGCUGAAGGAAAAUGUAAAUGUGCUGCUAAUGAGAUUUUAGUGGAAAGGGCCACUAAUGGUGCAUUGUUGGAUACUGCAUCAUGUGUUCAGUGUGAAGGAACAGAGUUGUCAUUUGCUGCAUCAGAUGUCCUAGGUAACAUGUGCAUCAGAUGUGAACCAACGUUUAUCACUGUAAGCAGGUCAUGUCACUGUUCUGAACCAAAUAUUUUAACAGGAGGUUUAUGUUUUAGUGCCACUGGAAAUCUUCCUCCAAAGGGAAUCGCAACUGUACGUUUUGGAAAGCUAGGUAUUACCUUGAUAUCAGCAUGGUUUCUGAAAAACCUGCAGGCAUCAGCAGCUGCUUGCUUACUGUACUCCAACCUAACAUCUUGCCAAGCACUUGGAAAUAUGUGUGCAAUGAACAUGAAUUACUUGAGCUCUGCUAGCACUGAUGCAUGUAGCCUUUUUCAGUAUGUCUUUGCCAAUACUGCUGGACUCGGAACUGUUCAUUCAAUAUCCUUUUGGAGACAGAACCUUCCGUGGCUUUACUAUGGUGACCAGCCAGGAUUAGCAUCACAGGUUCUUGACACAGCUGAGUUUCCUUCUAGUUUUACUUUUAAAGGAACAAAUAAGAACAUAAAAUUGAAGUUUGUUGCAGCUUCAUAUGAUGCAGGGGGAAAUUUUCUUAACUGGCAGUAUUUAGAAGGUGGUGUUUUACAGCUUUGUCCUGACACUCUGAUGAAACUGAAUGCUGCUUACAUUUUUGGGACAACUUACCAACAAAAAUGUACAGUUUCUGUUUCGAGAAUUUUAAAGGAUUACUCAGAUCCAGUGUUUUAUGAUGUGUUUCUUGAAUAUACUGAUGAAGAAGAUGGACAGCAGUACCUUUGGGCAGUGCCAGUUUUAAACUUAAACCUUCAGUAUAAUGAAAUGUUUGUGAACCGAGGCAGUAAUAUGAAUAAUUGGUUCUUAACACGUCGAAUGUUUUUGGUGGAUACUUUAAGUGGACGUGAAAAUGACUUGGGAAAUCAGCCAAAAGUAAUUCGGAUUGCUAGUGAAAUAACAAUAAGUAUUCAUCUUGUACCUAACACUCAGAGAGGAGCCAUCUACCCCCCUCUCAUUACAGUUUCCUACAAUGAUGUUCUCAUCCAAAAUCCUGGUACUCAGAAUGUGGUGGUUUCCUUCUCAGUCAACUACGAAAUGAACCAGUCAGAGGCUCGCACUAAGACCGAUAUAUCACUGGGUGUUCUAGGUGGGUUGGCAGUUUUAUGGUCCCUUCUCAAGACUGCUGGCUGGAAGAGGCGCAUAGGGAGUCCCAUGAUUGAUUUGCAGACAGUUUUGAAAUUCUUGCUGUUCUACGCUGGAGACCUUGCAAAUGUUUUCUUCAUCAUCACAGUGGGAACAGGGAUUUACUGGCUUAUAUUCUUCAAAGCACAGCAGUACAUUUCUGUUCUCUUACCUCUGCCAAGUCAAGAAGAUUAUUUUGUUUCUUACAUUGGAUGUGGUUUCAUUCUGAAGGUGGUGCAGUUUUUGCACAUGCUUGUUACCCAGCUUACAAUAGAUAUCUUCUUUAUUGACUGGGAGCGUCCUAAAGGAAAAGUUCUUAAAGCUGUUGAAGGAGAAAAUGGCAUAAAGAGUACCGCUGCACCUGUCAGCAUAUGGAGAACAUAUUUUAUAGCAAAUGAAUGGAAUGAAAUUCAGACCAUCAGGAAAAUAAAUCCUCUCUUUCAAGUGCUAGCUGUUCUCUUCUUUUUAGAGGUUGUGGGGUUCUCAAACCUGGCUUUAAUGGAUUCUUCUUCCAGUCUUAGCAGGAGCCCUGAAAGUUACAUAGCUCCUUGGAGCCGGAUUCUAAGAUAUGGUGUGACUGCUGUCCUCUGGCUAGUCAUUGCUAUAGUCCAGAUGGCAUACUUUUCUGUUUUUUACGAAAGAUUUGUAGAAGAUAAGAUAAGACAAUUUGUUGAUUUGUGCUGUAUGAGCAACAUUUCAGUUUUUCUGUUGUCAAACAGAUGCUUUGGAUAUUACAUUCAUGGCCGUUCUGUACAUGGCCAUGCAGAUACUAAUAUGGAAGAAAUGAAUAUGAAUUUAAAGAGGGAAGCGGAAAAUCUGUGUAGUCAAAGGGGUUUAGUGCCAAAUACAGAUGGCCAAACAUUUCAGAUUUCUAUUUCAAGCAAGAUGAGGCAGCAAUAUGACCGGAUUCAUGAAACGUUAAUGAGAAAACAUGGCCCUGUGAGGCUUUUGAAUUCUUCUACAACUACGUUUGAACAAAGCACUAAAGCAUACCAUACCAUGAAUAAAUUUCUUGGCUCUUUCAUUGAUCAUGUUCAUAAAGAAAUGGAUUACAUAGUAAAGGACAAACUGUUAUUAGAACGAAUUCUUGGAAUGGAAUUUAUGGAGCCAAUGGAAAAGAGCAUCUUUUACAAUGAUGAAGGGCAUUCUUUUAGUGAUACUCUUUAUUAUGGCAAUGAAGCCACUCUUCUCAUUUUUGAUAUGCUGUUUUUUGCAAUUGUGGAUAUGGCUACCCAGAGUUUUGUUUUAGCAGCCGUUCUGACAUAUUUACAACAAGAGAUUUUUAGGUUUAUUCGAAAUACUGUUGGACAGAAGAAUUUGGUAUCUAAAACUUUGGUGGAUGAAAGAUUUCUUAUAUAAACAACUGUGAAAAGACUCUAUCCACAAAUUAAUCAUGGCAUAAGAAGUCACCAAAAGACACUUGUUUUAUAAUUCUAUGUAAAUAUCAAUAUAUGGUUUCUACCCUUCCAUAUUGUUCCUUAGAAAAUCAGUAUUUUUGUAUGGACCAAAUACUUUUGUACUUUUAGUGGCUGAUGAUCUGUAUGCCUUGAACAAGUGGUAUAUCAUGGUAAGAUGAAGACAGCUGUCACUGUCACAAAAAUAAGUUUAUGUAUUAGUUUCAGAGUGUGUUUGUUUUCCCUGCAGCAGUGUGCUUGGAUUGUUAUGUUAAAGAUGUUGGUUAUUGCUUUUAAAUGUUCCAUCACCUAUGAAUGAGGAAAGAUUAACAGGAGCAGAUUGUUAGGAAGAAAAGGAUGUAGGAGCUGCCAUAACCAAUCAAACUGUUUCCUAUCCUAGAAAAACCCAAACCGUACAAUCGGACAGCACUCACAGGUUAUUCUCAGGCUUCUGUGAGUCUUCAAGAAAGAAAUCUAUCUUUGUGGGAGUGGCCCUUAUACCCAUCUCUCUAAUUAUUUGUGCUAAUGUACUGAUGAAAUGGACAAAAACAGUUUUGAAGUGGGGAAAAUGCAGUUCAGAUAUACAUUAGUACAUUCCCCCUACUUGAUAUAAAGUUUGUUUUCCCACUCUGCUGCAUAUGUUAUCAACAAAAGGAUUUUGCUUUAACCAGCAGUUUAACUGGUCUGUUAGGUAACGGAGUGCAGAGUUUAGCCUUCCACAGGGAUGAAAAUGCUGACCAGAGUUUUUAAAAUCACUGAUCUAAAUAAACAAAAUAGAUACAGCUUUGGAAAGAAAUGGCUAAUAAUAGGAGCAGCAGCCCUACAACCUGGAUUCAUCUGCUAAGAAUAUUAUGAGUGUUGCUGCCCAUAACUAGUUCUAGGCAAUCAAAUUUUCACAGAGUGCUUCAGUAAGUUCUAAUCUUAUGAGAAAAUGGAACAGAUGAACUCCGUGGGCAAAAAAUAAAAACCCUUCACACAAGAUGUAUAGUUUACUUCUGGAAUUCACUGCCACAAGAUGUAGGGAUGACCUUAAGUUUAAAAGCUUUUUUAAAAAGAAUGUGAUUUAUUUUAGUAAGUUCAUUGAAAGCUAUUAGCUAUGACAGAAGAAUGGAAUCUUCAUGUAUAGAAACAGGUUUUCUCAGCAUACCAUAAAGACUGGUCUAAUCCAGAAAUAAAAAUAAAGGUUUUUAA